AUGCCGUCUCAAUCAGACACAUACACUACACCAGCUACUUUUAAUAAAUAUGGAUUACAUCUAAGAUGGCCUCGUAUUUGGAUAAUAAUUCUUGGAAUAAUGCUUAUUUUUCUUUGCGUAUGUAUAGCUGGUAUGGAAAUUGGACAUACAAUUUACGAUUUAUAUCGAUCAACUGCAUUUGGAGGUUUUAUACUUUUUAUACCUCUAUUGAUCUGUUCUAUUUUUGUUCUUAUUACUGCCUGCAAACCACGUUUAAUACUUCUUCGUAUUGCUACAAUUUUAUGUUGUAUUAUGAUUAUAUUAUGUAUAUUAUUAAUUGUUUAUGAUAUUCUUGUUCUUAUCGAUCCUACUCGAUGUUUCUUUUUAAAUUGUGAUAACGCUCAAGUUACAUAUCAAGUUAAUUCAACAUAUAAUACAACAAUAACAGGUUGGCCACUUAAUAUAUCAUGGCCUAAUUAUUUUCAAACUAAUAUGAAUGGUAAAAGAAUUCUUCAAAGUAUACAAAUAUUUUGUGCUGCCUUAUUUAUUUUAUUUUGUUCAUUAUAUAUAUUAACUUAUAUUAUUUAUCGACGAAUUUAUUUCGAUCAAGGAACUAUUGAUAAAUCUGAUCAACAUACAUUUGUAAGACAUAAAACAGUUACAAGUCCAAUAACACGUUCAAAUAGUAUAGUUCAAUCAUUUCCACAAUAUAAUCUUAAUCGUCUAGUAACAGUAUACACUAUUGAAGGUCGUCCUUCGACAUCAAUUAUUUAUAGUAAUUCUCCAGCACCACCAAUAGUGCAUACAAUUACUCCUCGAAAAGCUAAUCGAAAAACUGUUGUACGUCAAAGAGCUAAGUCCGCAAAUUAUGAUCGUAUAUGUACACGUUGUAUGAUAGAACCACGAAUAAUUUUAACAACAAAUUAUCAACGACAAAAUUACUUUUCACAUUUAUGUAUUAAUUGUAAUAAAGAACUUGUAGAUUAUCAUCAAAAACCACAUCUUGUUCAGUCAGAAAAUGAUCGUACGUGGAAACCUUAG